AUGCAUAGCAAAAUAAAGAACCUAAAAGAGUUAAUAACUAACAAAUUCAAUGAUUUAACCCAUUCAAUUGAAUUCAACAGUGAAGUAAUUCAAGAGUUGAAAAAUUCUAUCACAGAGCUACAAAAUGUAAACAAAACUUUACAAGCGAAGAAUGAUCAGCCAACUCGAGGAAACGCAGAAAUAAAGAAGGAAAUAAAUGAACUAAUAGAAGCAGUUAUUGAGCUCAAGCAAUAUUCCCGAAGAUCCAACUUUGAAAUAAAUAACUUACCCGAAUGUGAAAAUGAAGACAUACAACAAGUAAUAUCCCAGAUUGAUAAUGUUGCAAAUACUAAUAUAUCCGAAAGUCUGAUCACCGCUCACAGAGUCCCCAGCUUUAGUAAAGAUAAACCUAAACCCAUGAUCGUUCAAGUUAAAUCCAAAUCUUUUUGUUGGGUUCGAGAUGGUAAAAUAUUCCUGAGAAAAGAUGAAUCGUCCAAAAUAAUACGUGUGAAAUCAUCGCAAGACCUUAAUAUUCCAUUCAACUGAAGAAACAUUUUUAUCUGUGCCUGACUGCUUAAAAAUUGAGAAUUUGGAUGAUUUAAAUUUUUUUAUUGCCUCAACCUGUAAGUUAAACAUUAAUAUUUUACAUAUAAAUAUUAGAAGUUUAAGAGCCAACUUUGAUAAUUUUAUUUCACAUAUUUCUAGCAUGUUCGAAAAUAUAAGUGUUAUAAUUAUGUCGGAAAUUUGGAUUUACCAAACUGAAACUAAUUUUUACUCAAUAGAUGGUUAUAAUUCAUUCUUUAAUUGCAGAAAUAAUAAUCGCUCUGGAGGUGUUUGUGUUUUUAUUAAAAGAUGUCUUGAUAUUUCAGAGUUAGCUAUACAUUUUGUUUCCGCAGUAUCUAUAUUACUUUACUGCAAAUAUUUAGAUUUAUUAUUUCUAUCUUUAUGUAGAUCUCAUGAUUUUAGUGUUGAUUUUGUUAAUA